CACCACCACCACCACAACAACAACAACUUUCUCCCUCCCCACUACGAACGACCGCGACAGUACAACCUUCUCCCACCCCACUACCAACGGCCGCGACAGCACAACCUUCUCCCUCCCUACUACCAAUAACUGCGACAGUGACAGCAACAACAACACCCACCGCAACCACAAUUACCGCAAUCACAAACCGUCGCAAUUGCUUCUGUCUCGAUACGUUCGUAGUUUGAGUUCACGCAGCGCACAACCAUCGAUUCUUCGCAACGACCCCUCACACCCCCACACAAUCAGAACGCCUAUUGCAACCGUCAAGAUGUACGAGUUGAGCGGACUGCUACAGUACAACCGGGGGCUCACGGAAGAUCAAAUACCGCAGAUGGAGCUACGCAACGCCACUGUGAGCAAGAAGGAUAAAGCAACCGGGAAGUACAAAGAAGUGGAUCUCCUCACGGUGUUCGAGGACGGACCUUUCAGGAUGACGGGAAAACUCUUACGAAAGAGUGUCGCGAAAAGCAUCAUUCGCACGCAGUCGGUGUUUGAUCACGAGCUUCUCGUCAGCGACAUAAAAAACUACGCCAUUGAAAUCACGGACAGCUGCGAUCUCAAGAUUUGGGUUCUCGGGAAAGCGGGAUGGUAUUCCAUCAAGCCUUCUGCGGAGUACGCCCAAAUCUUCGUGGGCAUCGAAGAAAAGGCGAGACUGUGGCUGUUCAUUGAAACGUUCGAACCCCCAGGAAAGAUGAAGAAGGAGAACCUAUACAACAAGUUCCUAGGGGAUUACUGCAGGGAGGUGCCGGGCGGCCAAGCAGCGCAUGUGGAGACCCACAGGCGCUUCGUUUUGCUGAAGAUGAUAAAUUCGUGGGGUACGGAGGCACAACGGUGGAGAAGCCAUUGUCUCUACCGGUGGUACUCUAAAAAGUACCCGCUGGAAGUCGCCGCGGUCACCGCUCUGGUGACCGCCAUUUGGGAUGCGGUAGUACAAAAGAAGGAGGAUGAGGGGGAGGGGACGCCGAAACCCAAGAGACGGAAGAUCGCACCGGCGCCUCCGAGCGAGGGAGCCGAUCUUGUCGCUGGUACCGCCCGUAACACUGUUAGUUUGGCUAGCCCCGGCAUCAAGCGCGAGUCAAGCGAUGGUGACUCGUUAGUCAGUCAGAUUCAAAGCUCUAGCAUCAAGCGCAAGGAAAGCGACGGUGGGCCAUCUGUCAGUCAGACUCCAAAUUCUAGUGGUAUCAAGCGUAAGGCAAAGGACCGAAAGUCGGAUGGACGUAGGUUGAGCCGGUAUAGGACUGGCGAAAAGUUGACUUUAAACCAGUCUCAAAUCCACCAAGAGCUAAAGCCUGCCACCACCGCCAUGGUAGGGCAUACUAGUUCAGUUGGAGACGCUUGUUCCUUGGGUGGUCAUGAAGGCAAUUAUCCUGGGGAUGAAAGUGACCAUGGAUACCACAGUCCCUACUGGGACGAGCCCGAAGAUAAAAAGGCUGAAAUCCCCCUUCCAAGGGCCCGGUCCUUCAGUCCUGAGGCUGGUCCCCUCAAUCCAAAUGGCAGCCUUGAGGGAUAUGAAUCAGACUCAUACGACUUCUACGAUCCUCACGCAAGCGCUAGAAGAUUCAGGGGAGAAGAAGCUCGUCAUCUGAAGCCAUGGCCCCAUCACCCAUGGGUAGAGACACUUGGUUUUGGGGUAGAUGGGCUCACGGCCUCCGCUGGGUCACUCCCCCUACCUCAAACCACCCCCUUACCUCAAACCACCCCCUUGCUUCCAUUAUCUCCUUCUAUUUCACCAUCUUUGGGAAAUAUUCAUACUCCAACUAUCAUAAGGACACCCCUUUUGCCCACAAGGGGUCAAGAUAAUGGCAUCUGGGGGUGUCCUUACAGAGACUGUGGGCAUGGAAUACUUGAUGCCCAUACGGCUGAAGGAGCCAGAGAUAUCCUCGAGCAUUACAUCUGGCACCAGAGGAAGGCCUGGAAAAUCAUGGAGGCCGCUGGCAUCGAGCCUAUGGCUCGCAACUACAAGACAGACAUUUCUGUCAACAGGAAGAUUGAAGCUUUGGAGAAGCAGUUUCAUGAGAGGCAACUUGCAGAGGAUUCUAGAGAUGAAGCUUGUGAACUUCAUGAGAGGAUGUGGGAUUUCCUACCUCAGUAGAGGGAAGCUGAACCUUAGGACCGAGUCGAUGGGAUAGAGCAGAGGGAUCUUUUGAAGAAAAAAGAACAGAAAGGGUUGGGGCUGUCAUGUUCAGGUCGAGGAUUCUUCUUGUGUGAUCUGGUGUGAUCUGGGGUAUUGUGUGGUUGUGAUUUUUUUUUCUUUCGUUUUUUUUCUUUCAAGAUUCUGCAUGGAGUUCAUGAUGUUCAUGGGGGGACUUGCUGAGUUUUCUUUCAAUUUUCAACAUGGAGGUGUUUUGACAUAUUCUCAUUAGAUUUUCAACACGGGGAGUUUUAGCUUGGUCUAGCAGUUCAAUUCAAUGUACGGUGUAGGGC